CAGAGGGAGCCUCUCGGUUUCCACUACAGUCAUGUGACAGCCACAUAGUAGAACUCCGUGGGAGCAGAGCGGACGGUCGGACCGCAGCGCUGCGUGGAUAGGUGAACCCCGUGCGGAUAAACGGCUGCUUCUCCGACCCAGAGGGAUGACGCAGAGCCCCCGGAGUCUCCCCGGACCCGGACCCUGACCACGAAAUCCGGCAUCCAGCCUGGACACCUCUGGAUUGUUUCCUGUACGGCUUUGAGGUUCUCACUGGAGUGGGGAGGGUGACCUUGGUUACUGUAGUUUAUUUGGUCUACCCAUCUCCACGGCCAAGGACAAGUUCUCUCGGAUCUGUGUAAACAGAGUGCAGAAUUGAGCCAGAGGAAGCAGUUUGGCCAGGGAUGGUGGAUAACUCUCCAGCGAACAGAGAGACUUCCCUUCCACUCAGCUGUUCUCUACGUGCCUACAGCCCACUAGACAUGGUGUCGGACCUCGGCUCCUACCAGGUGAUCCCGUCACCGUUUUCAGACGACGAUGUGAGCUUGCUAUCCAGCCCUCGCUCCUGCUCCAGCCCAGAUUCACCGGAGCUCAGCUCCAGCUGUGGAAGCAGCUCUAGCGCUGAAAGCCAGGACAGCAUCCUGGACCACCUGCUGUCCCAGACCUCCUUAGGAAGUGCCGGCAGAGUUUCUGCCGCACCCGAGCCACUAAACGCCUUCCAGUGGGACUCGAGGGGAGAUGAGCCAUCCAAACACAAGCCAGCGGAGGAGGAAGACUUUAACUUUCUCACUUGGUCAAAUGUGGAGACAGCAGAACAGCUUUUAGGGUCGUUCCAUCCGACACUGGAGGAGAUUGAAGAAUUCCUUGAGGAGAAUAUGGAGAUGGUGACGGUGAAGCAGGAAGGGUUUGACGUUGGACCAGAGGAGACUUUUGGUUUAGAUGGGGGUCUGGAGUGUUGCAGGGCGUCCACUUCUGAGCUCAAGUUGGAGCCAGAUGCCAAGCAUUCAGACCAAACUGUCCCCACUGCCGGCACCUCUGGUCCAGCCACGGUGGCCCUGCCCAUCAGCAAAGCAUCAUCGGCCAACCCAAUGCACGAAUCUGUCGCAGGGGCCAAGAAAACCUCAACCAACAAACCGUCAUUAGAAGACAGGUCCACAAGCAGCAGCGGGACGCCCGUCGUCGUCCAGAUUCAGCCCAUCCGGGUGAAGCAGGAGCCCACGCUGACCCCGGUUACUCCGGCAGCCCAGCCCUCAGAGCCUGGCCUCGUCUCAGACAUCAAAAUUGCACAGCUGCUGGUCAACAUUCAGGGACAGACUUUUGCCCUGGUGCCCCACAUCAUGCCAUCCCCCAGCCUCAGUGUCUCCAAGUUCGUACGGAUUGCGCCAGUCCCCAUUGCAGCCAAGCCACUCGGGCUGGGGGAGAGCGCUGCCAGCCAGGCGUCGGCCAUUCUCAUUGGAGGUCAAAGGUUCCAGAAGAAUCCCGUCGCAGAUCUCAUUAAAAUGCACAAGUGCUCUUUUCCUGGCUGCAACAAGAUGUACACAAAAAGCAGCCACCUGAAGGCCCACCUGAGGAGGCACACCGGGGAAAAGCCGUUCGCCUGCAACUGGCAGGGCUGUGGAUGGAGGUUCUCUCGGUCUGAUGAGCUGUCCCGUCACAGGAGAUCCCAUUCGGGCGUCAAACCCUACCAAUGCCCCGUGUGUGAGAAGAAGUUUGCCCGCAGUGACCACCUGUCAAAACACAUCAAAGUCCACCGCUUUCCACGAAGCGGCCGGACAGUUCGCUCGGCCAACUGACUCUUCCAUGUACUUCCAGGGAUCGCAGGGGAGGAUCGACUCCUCAAAGUAAAACCACAGAAGUAUUGUAAGGACGCGUGCGUACAUGAGCCUCAAAACCUUGCUCUACAUUGGAACUGUCUGGGAUUUGCUGUAAUCAACCGGAAACCCAGGGACGGCCGAGUCCAGUAACCCCUCCAGUAGUUUGAAACAAGCCACCGUUGCUUAGUUUCUCUGGAACAACUGUGUCUGC